ACCCGCCAGAAGCUCACGUCAUCUUUGAUGCUUGUUCUCGCGCGGUCAAACGAACGCACGGCUCGGUUGGAGGCGCGUUCUCGCUUGACCUUCUUCACGUGGACAAGCUCCAACAUGGAGGAAGCGACGGGGAUGAAGUGCGGGCGAUUUUGAAAGUGCCCAGCGACAAGCUUGCCCUACUCCUUGCGUCAUUGUCGACGGACUUUGAGCUCAAGUCGACCGUGGCCACGACGGAGGGCUCGACGAAUGUACAGACCACUUGUCAUUGGAGGCCUAGCAUCGUGUCUACUUCGGUCGCUAGCUCUUUACCUCACGCUCUCGCGAAUUUGGAUUCCAAGGCGUGGCUGGACCGGCUCAAGAAGACUGAUGGACCGGAAUCCGAAUAGGUCGCUCUGUCAAGCAAGGGUGUAUUCUCAGAAGCGGCUGCUUUCGGACGGACAGACAUCAGCGUCGAGAAGAAUCGCUGUGAUGCUCUCCAUGCCGCGGACCCGGACUGCAAGCACAGCAAGUGGAAUUGUCAGCCACUUCGCCGAGACUAGACCAGGCACACCGCCGUUCCUGCUUGCGCAAUCAGCCAGUAGUGCGCGCCACUGCACGCCCACAUUAGGCCAGAGCGCCGAUCCACCGAGCUGCGGAGUGGUUGCGUUUAGUCCUGCCUCUAUCGAUACGUUGCUGUUGCUGCUGCUCUGGUCGAUCACCCGACAGCGCUGCUCCGACGCUCGCGGCAUGCAUCCACGAAAGUCAGCUGCGCACGUUGCCUUUUUGGCUCAGAAAUGCCAAACGUGUGAGUGACGCGUGCGCAGCGUUCCGCAUUGCGCCUCGUUUCAAUGAGGUGGCAAGACAGCAAUAGAUGCGCACCUUUGCGACCGUCAACGAUGCAUAUCAGAUCGUCGAAGAGAGAGACCCUGCAUCCCGCCGACGUGAAUGUGGAUGUCAGCAACGUUGAC